GGUCCCGCCUUUAUUGGGGGAGGGGAGCCCCGGAUUUGGGGUCGGGGGAACCGAAAAUGGGGCUGGGGUCCCAAAAACGGGGAGGGGACCCCAAAAUUUGGGGCUGGGGUCCCAAAAUUUGGGUUCAGAACCCCAAAAAUUUGGGGUUGGGGUCCCAAAAACGGGGCUGGGAUCCCAAAAUUUGGGUUCAGAACCCCCAAAAUUUGGGGCUGGGGUCCCAAAAUUUGGGUUCAGAACCCCAAAAAUUUGGGGUUGGGGUCCCAAAAACGGGGCUGGGAUCCCAAAAUUUGGGUUCAGAACCCCCAAAAUUUGGGGCUGGGGUCCCAAAAUUUGGGUUCAGAACCCCAAAAAUUUGGGGUUGGGGUCCCAAAAACGGGGCUGGGAUCCCAAAAUUUGGGUUCAGAACCCCCAAAAUUUGGGGCUGGGGUCCCAAAAUUUGGGUUCAGAACCCCAAAAAUUUGGGGUUGGGGUCCCAAAAACGGGGCUGGGAUCCCAAAAUUUGGGUUCAGAACCCCCAAAAUUUGGGGCUGGGGUCCCAAAAUUUGGGUUCAGAACCCCAAAAAUUUGGGGUUGGGGUCCCAAAAACGGGGCUGGGAUCCCAAAAUUUGGGUUCAGAACCCCCAAAAUUUGGGGCUGGGGUCCCAAAAUUUGGGUUCAGAACCCCAAAAAUUUGGGGUUGGGGUCCAAAAAAUGGGGCUGGGGUCCCCAAAAUGGGCAGGGGGACACAAAAUUUGGGUUCAGAACCCCAAAAAUGUGGGGCUGGGGUCUCAAAAAUGGGAGAGGUGACCCCAAAAUUUGGGUUCGGAACCCCAAAAAUUUGGGGUUGGGGUCCUGAAAAUGGGGCUGGGGUCCCAAAAUCUGGGGCUAGGGUCCCCGAAUUUGGGGUUGAACCCCAAGAAUUUGGGGCUGAGACACCAAAAUUUGGGUUUGAACCCCAAAAAUUUGGGGUUGGGGUCCUGAAAAUGGGGCUGGGGUCCCAAAAUCUGGGGCUAGGGUCCCCGAAUUUGGGGUUGAACCCCAAGAAUUUGGGGCUGAGACACCAAAAUUUGGGUUUGAACCCCAAAAAUUUGGGGUUGGGGUCCUGAAAAUGGGGCUGGGGUCCCAAAAACUGGGGGAGGGGACCCCAAAUUUUGGGGCUGAGGUCCCAAAAAUGGGGCCAGGACCCCAAAAUCUGGGGCAGGGGUCCCCAAAAUUGGGGGCUGGGGUCCCAAAAUGUGGAUUUGGAACCCCAAAUGUGAGACAGGGACCCCAAAAUUGAGGCUGGGGUCCCCAAAAUGGGGUUGGGACCCCAAAAUUUGGGUUUGGGAUCCUAAAAUCUGGGGUUGGGACCCCAAAAACGGGGCUGGGGUCCCAAAAUGGGGUUGGGACCCCAAAAUUUGGGUUUAGGAGCCCAAAAUCUGGGGUUGGGACCCCAAUUUUGGGGCUGGGGUACUAAAAAUGGGUCAGGGACCCCCAAAAUCUGAGCCCAAGACCCCAAAAUUUGGGUUUGGGACCCCAAAAAUGGGGCUGGGGUCCCAAAAUUGGGGGUCGGGACCCCCAAAAUCUGAGUGCAGGACCCCCAAAUUUGGGGGUUUGACCCCAAAAUCUGA